UGGCUCAUACCCACUAUGGGGUACUGGCCAAGUAUCGGCGUGCAAGAAAACAAUGACGCAACCAAGGACACCGGCACAACCAUAACAGACUUGUCGACGGAAUGCAGACAGUUCCUCGCCAAGAGCUUGUCGAACAACUUGGACAAGAAAAUCAAGAUAGUUGAUAAGCACUUUGAAAUACAAGGUGAUGACAACAGCACAGGCAUUAAGCUUUUUACUGACUCCACCGUGGAAUUGGUUGAGCUUGAGGAACCUGAAGUGCAGCGACCUCGUAAGAAACACAAAAAGUCUAAAGAAAAGGUAACAGACGACAUGCUCGCAGCCAUUGCUGUAACACCGGAAUGGGUGCUACAGCAGUCUGGCAUCCCAGGUGCUAACAAAUAGCCAAAAGUCAUCUGAAAGAAGCUCUGGAGCUACUCAAGUUGCAAUGGUGUAACAGUACCUCAGCACUAUAUUGACUGUAGAUACAUUGUUUGAGUGCUUGUAAUAUCUCCUAUAUUUGUAAAUAAACAAAUUCUUUCAUUACCUUU